UCUCCACUUAUGUUCUCACUCAAGAAUGUCCUUUAUUUCCCAGCUGGACUUGGAGUCCUAGCCAACAUGUUUCUUCUUUGUUUCUAUAUUUUCUUAGUUUUAGGUCAUAGACCUAAGCUCACGGACCUGAUCUCCUGUCAACUGACCUUCAUUCACAUAAUGAUGGUCCUCACUGCAGGGGAUAUUUGGCUUACAGAUUUGUUUGCAUCAUUGAACAUUGAGAAUGACUUCAAAUGUAAGGCAACUUUUUACAUAAGCAGGGUGAUGAGAGGCCUCUCUAUCUGCACCACCUGUCUCCUGAGUGUAGUUCAGUCUGUCACUAUCAGUCCCAGUACCUCACUUUUGGCAAAAUUUAAACAAAAACUUAAAAAAUACAUGAUUUAUGCUUUCUUCUGUAUUUGGUCUUUCAAUAUAUCCUUAAGUAGUAACUGGAUCUUCUAUGUUGGAGCUUAUACCAAUGUGAGUGACACCAGUCAGAUGAAGGUCAGUAAAUAUUGUUCACACUUAGCCAUGAAUUACAUGACAAGAGGAGUGAUUUUAACAGUGGCAACAUCCAGAGAUGUGUUUCUUGUAGGAGUCAUGGUUACUGCAAGCACAUACAUGGUUAUUAUCUUGUUAAGACAUCAGAGGCAAUGCAAGCAUCUUCAUAGCAACAGCCAGCUGAGAGCAUCUCCAGAGAAAAGGGCAACCCUGACAAUCUUGCUGCUGGUGGUUUUCUUUGUGGUCAUGUAUUGGGUAGACCUCAUUAUCUCAACGACCUCAUUCCUGUUAUGGAGGUAUGAUCCAGUCGUCCUGACUGUUCAGAAGUUUGUGAUGAGUGUGUAUCCCACAGUUACUCCAUUGUUACAAAUCAGUUUUGAUAACAGAAUAAUCAUUAUGAUGAAAAACUUGCAGUCAAAAUGCCACCAUAUAUGUUUUUAA